AUGUCCUUGGUCUGGGAGUGGAGGCCUGCGGUGAUGUUGGCGGCCAUCGACUGUGCCAACGAGGCCAACCAGCAAGUGUGCGCUGAUUUUGGGAUAACUGGCUUCCCCACGCUGAAGUUCUUCAGAGCUUUUAGCAAGAAGGCAGAGGAUGGGAUAAGGAUUACCAAUCCCAGCGCCACCAUCGAGGACCUGCGCCAUAUCAUUAUCACCAACCUUGAGCAGAGCCAGGACGCCUGGCCACCCGCCUGUCCUCCGCUGGAGCCGGCGAGCGCGGAGGAGGUUUACAGCUUCUUCCAAAGGAACAAGGACCAGUACCUGGCGCUGAUCUUCGAGAAGAGCGACUCCUUCGUGGGCAGAGAGGUGGCACUGGACAUGCUGCAGUAUGAGAACGUGGCAGUGAGGAGGGUGCUGAGCAGCGAGGAGGAGCUCGUGGAGAAGUUCGGCGUCACCACCUUCCCCUCUGGCUACCUGCUCCUCCGCAACGGCUCCUUCUUCCGCCUGCCUGUGCACGUGGAGGCACGCUCCUUCUACACCUACUACCUGCGCACACUCUCAGGCAUCACCCGCGGCUCUUACAAGCUGAACACAACCAUCAGCACUUCCAACGAGACCAACGCAUCCCAGCCGAAGCGUGCUGACCGCUCCAAGGUGUACAUGGCCGACCUGGAGUCCACACUGCACUACUCGCUGCGGGUGGAGGCUGCCCGUGCUGCCGCGUUGUCAGGAGCCCAGCUGGCCGCCUUCAAAUGCUACGUGGCCACGCUGGUGAAGUACUUCCCUGGGCGCCCCUGCGUGCAGACCUACCUGCAGUCCCUGGACGGCUGGCUGAGGAACUGGACGGAGCCCGAGCUGCCCCGCAGCAUCUUGAAGGAGGCCAUGAAGAAUAACAGAGAAGCCUCCCACCCCACCAUGCUCCCCACUAAUGUGACCUGGGUGGGCUGCCAGGGCAGCGAACCCCACUUCCGCGGCUACCCCUGCGGGCUCUGGACUGUCUUCCACCUGCUGACCGUCCAGGCUGCCCAGAGCGGCCCUGACAAAGAGCUGCCGCUGGAAGUGCUGAGCACCAUGCGCUGCUACGUCCGGCAUUUCUUUGGCUGCCAGGAGUGCGCCCAGCACUUCGAGGCCAUGGCGGCUGAGUCCAUGGACCAGGUGGCGGGCCGGGAGGAGGCUGUCCUCUGGCUCUGGUCCCACCACAACGAGGUCAAUGCUCGCCUGGCAGGAAGUGACACAGAGGACCCCAAGUUCCCCAAGCUGCAGUGGCCACCGCCGGACAUGUGUCCCCAGUGCCACAAGGAGGAGAGGGGGGUGCAUGCCUGGGACGAGCCGGCCGUGCUCACCUUCCUCAAGGUGCACUUCUCCGCAACCAACAUCUACCUGGACUAUGCCGAGGCUGACCAUAUCUCCACGGCUGGGGAGGGGACAGGCGCCAGGCUGGGCACUGAGGGCCUGCGAGGGGAGAGGGAGAAGGAGGAAGAAGAGGAGGAAAAGGAGACGGAGGGCGAAACGAGAGCUCCAGGGCGACCGGGCUCCCCUGAGCCACGGCGCCCCAGCAUUGUGCGGCUGAACCCCAAGCUGCGGGAGGUGGGCGAGGACAUCGUGGACCUGGACUCCUUCAGUGAGCAGCACUUCAAGAGCCAGGCGCUGCGAGCAGCAGCCGGCCGGCGCCGGCGGCUCAGCAAGCGGGACACCAUCGCCCUGCCCCGGGAUGCCGGGAUGGGCCGGGAGCGCCGGCGGGCUCCCGUUGUCCUGGUCCAGGAGGAGGAGGCCGGGGAGGGUGUGCGGAGGAGCCCCUGGCUGCGGGUGCUCGGCUUGGGCUUCUCCCGCCUGGACAUCAGCCUCUGUGUUGCCCUCUACUUCCUCUCCUCCAUGUGCCUCCUGGGCAUGUACACCUUCUUCCGCCUCCGCACUCGUGCCCGGAAAGGCCGCCCGGGCUUCCCCGUGGCCUGA